AUGGUGUUCUUCAUGCUGGUGUCCAUCGUGGGUGCACUGCUCGUCCUGCAGUACCUGGUGCUGCUGUACAAGUUUCGAUAUAGCCGCUCGAUCCCCACGGUACAGCCCAGCUACCCGAUCGUGGGAAACAUCCCGUCCUUUUGGGGCAAAUCAUCCGAGCAGGCCCACUGGCUCAUGGCGAAGAGCUUCAUGGGCGUGGAUCGUAUGGUUAAGAUGAUGCUCGGUCCCAAACCGAUGCUGUUCCUCAACCAUCCGGACUUGCUGCAGAAGGUGCUGAUGAACAAUGAUCUCCUCGACAAGCCCUUCUACUACGGCUUUAUGCAACUGGGUGGUGGCUUGGUGUCGGAGCCGGAUGGCAAACGCUGGCUCAUGGAGCGCAAGGUGCUCAAUCCUACGUUCAAUACCCGGAUGUUGACCAGCUUUCUGCCGAUCAUGGACGCACGGGCCAAAAAGAUGGUGGCCAAUCUAGGACCAAUGGCCGACGGACACACGAAAGUUGAUGUGAUUAGGUUUGUCGGUGAGUGUACUUUGGAGAUUGUGUACAACACGACGAUGGGUCGGACUGCUAAUGAACUGCCCGGUCAGCGGGAGUACGUGAAGAACUUGAACAUAAUAAUGACACGAGUAGGAGAACGAAUGAUGAAUGCGUACCAGUUUUUAGAUGUUUUCUACAGGAUGACGAGUGCUUAUAAAUCGGAGUAUCCAGCAAGAACGUUUUGUAACGAAUUCACGGAUAAGAUCAUUCGAGAACGGCGAACAGAGCUGCAGGAAGAGCAAAAACUGCCCAAGGAAACCGACGAAUUUGAGAGAAAGUCGUUGAAUUUUCUCGAUCAAAUUCUUACCACAAAGAGAGAAGAUGGCUCCAGUUUUACCGAUCAGGAGAUAUCGGACAACUUGUACACGAUAAUGACUGGGGGCCAUGACACAUCCGCAUUAACCGUAUCGUACACUUGUUUGAUCCUGGCGAUGUACCCAGAAAUUCAGGAGAAGGUCGUUGCCGAGAUGAACGAAGUCUUUUACGAUUCUUCUGUAGAUACCACUGCAGAUACUUUGAAACAGCUGCAAUACACCGAAAGAGUAAUCAAAGAAGUGCUGCGACUCUUUCCGCCUGUCCCAAUCGCAGCCAGACAAACAAGGAACGAGCUGGAGUUGGACGGAGUCCGGAUCCCACCGAAUCAGAUCCUCGUGUUCAACUUCUAUGCCUUCCACCGGCGGGAGGACUUCUGGGGACCGGACCCGGAGCGGUUCGAUCCUGAUCGGUUCUUGCCGGAGGCAUCUCAAGGCCGGCAUCCGUACGCGUAUCUGCCGUUCAGCGCUGGGCUGAGGAACUGCAUCGGACAGCGUUACGCGAUGAACUCGAUGCGGAUUAUGUUGCUGCGGAUUCUGCAGGAGUUCGAGAUUGGGACCGACCUGAAGCAGCCAGAUUUGCGUUUUAAGUUUGAAAUUAUGCUGAAGCUGGUGGGACCGCACUCGGUGUGGUUGAAGAGAAGGGAGAAUUGUUGA